CUCGCAACGAAUUCUUUUCUGCUGCCAGUCUACUGUGGACCAUGUCUCCGGUAUAUAAGCUAUGAAGCUCAGUACACCGUGAACUGUAUUCCUCAGGUGUUAAUCAGAUAUGGGAACUUACGUUGUUUGGAUUGUCUCAGUGCUAGCUGUCGCUGUCGCUGACGGCAGCCGAGAGAAACGAGAGGGAUUGUCACUGGAACCGGGCAACUGGCCAAGCUGUCAAUCGGGGGCAGCAGCACCUCGUACGAGAGUGGACACGAGAGAUAGAGUUGCGGUCCUAAGACAAUAUUUUGCGACGGCGGGGAUUCAGGCUUACCUCGUUCCUAGCGAAGAUGCGCAUCAGAGCGAGUAUCCGUCGGGAUAUGACAAGAGGCGUGGUUACAUUUCCGGCUUCACGGGAUCCGCAGGUUUCGCGGUGGUGACGAUCGACAAGCAGGCGCUAUGGACGGAUGGCCGCUACUUCCUGGAGGCGGAGGACAGCCUCGACUGCAACUGGAUACUUAUGAGGCAGCGAGAGACUGGCGUCCCCACGAUGGUUGAAUGGCUGAAGACUCAACUGUCAAGCGGCAACAGGCUAGGUGCCAGUCCAUUCCUCGUCAGUAGUGCAACGUGGAAAACCUAUUCGGACGACCUCAAGAAGGCGGGCCUUUUGCUCGUGCCAGUAGAAAACGAGUUGAUUGAUACGUUCUGGCAGACAGGCAACGGGAGACCACCUCAGCCGGACACGGCCAUCAAUGCACUUCAAAUUCAGUUCGCAGGCGUCUCGUGGCAAGACAAGGUAAACAAUAUGCGCACCAAAAUGACUGCGGAAGGCACAGACAUGCUGGCUGUAACUGCUUUGGAUGAAACGGCGUGGUUGUUCAACCUACGAGCGAGCGAUAUAGACUACAAUCCAUUCUUCUUGUCGUAUGCCAUAAUAGAUAAAAACACGACGACGUUGUACAUAUUGAACCAUACUCUCAAACUUACCUCCCAACCGACGGACAAUGGUACCAUGAUGAACCUAGCAGCACACCUGAAUACCAAUGAUAACGGCACAUGUACAGGGCGUGCGGACAUGUGCGUAGAAGUGAAGUUGUACGAUCAAAAUCUAGUCAAGACGGAUGUCAAUGUACGAGCUGCCUUUAGCAAUAAGGUGUGGCUGGGGUACUCGUGCAAUCAAGCCAUCUACUCUGCCGUGCCAGAGGGCAAAAUUCUACAAAAGAACACUCCAAUUGCAACAACAAAAACGAAGAAAAAUCCAGCAGAAGUAGAGGGCAUGAAAAAAUCUCACAUUCGAGACGCUGUUGCAUUGAUCUCCUUCUUAGAAAAACUGGAACGAGAAGUAAAAGCUGGUCAACCAUGGACCGAGCUUUCAGCUGCCAACGAUUUGAAAACAUACAGAUAUGCGCAACAAUUCAACCGUGGACUCAGUUUUACUACCAUAUCCAGCUCGGGUUCAAACGGGGCCAUUAUUCACUAUUCUCCUUCAAACAUGACCGACAAAAAAAUUACAACCUCGGAAGUGUAUUUGCUGGACUCAGGCGGACAAUACUUGGAUGGCACAACUGAUGUUACUCGAACAUUCCACUUUGGCACCCCAACUGCUUACCAGAAGGAGUGCUAUACCAGGGUGCUGAUGGCGCAUAUUAAUCUCUUCCAGGCCAUCUGGCAGAAAGGCGUCUACGGACGGGAAAUAGACGCCUUCGCCCGGGCUCCACUGUGGGAUGUGGGCCUUGUAUACAGGCAUGGUACAGGGCACGGCAUUGGGAUGUUCCUUAGUGUCCACGAGGGACCGGGUAGAAUAUCGCUGGCUCAUGAUCUAUUUGCUCAAGAUAACCCAUUGGACGAAUUUCAGUUCUUUUCCGAUGAGCCAGGUUAUUACGAGGCUGGACAGUUUGGAAUGCGUCUAGAGAACAUCGUCAUGGUGAAAAAUGCUACCACCAAGUACCGUUUUCCUGGAGCAGAGUUCCUCACAUUCGAGCACGUGACACUGGUGCCAUACGCUCAUAAUCUCAUCGACUACGAUUUGCUCAGCGAAAAACAGAUCAAUUAUCUUAAUGCCUACAACAACCUGAUACGUGAGAAGGUGGGACCAGAACUCAAGAAGCAAGGAAGGGACGCUGCCUACGAGUGGAUGAUGCAGAAAACCGAAGAGUAUACGAGAAAGACUACGUCAUCCGUUAGUUCGCUCACCGGUUGUUUGCCCUUUGUAAUAUUUGUUUUGUCUGUUGUACAAACCCUGUAAAAUAUGUCUGUACCUUCAAUGUGAAAGCAUGUAUGAGUUUUUUGUACUCUCGCUGUAUUUUUAAAACACAUUUAUAUAGUAAUAGUUGAUUGAUUUUAUUCAAGGCUUUACCGGGAUAAUCCAAACGCAUUUUAAAUACCUUAAUUCUUUCAAACAUGGUGUGAGGGGGAAGACAGAAUGGCAUUGUUUUUUUUUAUAUAUUAUUAUUGACUUAAGUUGUGUUAUUAUAAUUAUAUGUCGCUAUUAGUCACGUGAGUAUUUAUUUCAACGAAAAUGAUGUUACGUCGAGCGUCUAUUGUGCACGGAAUAUUAAGAAACAAAGCCGAACAUUAAAUUAAUGCAUUUUUGAAAAAUAUUUAGAAAUACUAAAAUUCUUUCAAUUACAGUUUUGCUGUAAGAUAACAUAUACACUACCUGAAAGACUCGGUUUACAUUUUGAGUUUAUCCCAUUACAUAUGCACGCAAAGUACGUUCAAACAUUGCGACUAUGAAAAUGAAAAAAAAUCCUUAUUCAUGGUAGAUAAAAUCCCAUCGCAUGGCCUCCACGAAACAGGCAAAAACUUAAAACGUAAUAAAUAAAUAUCUAACCAUCUAAUUAUAAACAUAAAUUAUUAAAUGACCAGAUUAACAUAUAUGCCAAACAAAACUGAAUGACGGCCCUAUUAUCAGAUUUGCGCUAAUAACCAAAAUAAAUGUACAAACACGAUGAAAAAUCUGAAAGAAUAUCAUACGUUGACUCUGUCCGCCAUGUUAAAACUGCAUUUGGGUCUUUGGACUGUAAUUGCAUUGUCCGGGUACAUGACCUGAUAUAUGGUUGUGAAACUUAGGUAAACGGUGAGAACAAGUGUUAUCAUAGAACAGAACAACACACUUAAUACCGAAAGUAAUAAUUACUAGUUUAUCCCAUGCAUUGUUUAUUUAAAUUGAUUGACAUAAUUAAAAACUAUUACGCCGAAAGAGAAUACUGCUUUGUUUUUUGUUUCCCCAGUUUUAUUAUAACAAAUAAAAUGUUAAAACUUAAAUGUUAAAUGUUUUGAUGUAUUGACAUUUGGUCUGAACAAUACUUAUGCCAAUUAAGUGUUUUCGGAAGUAAAUAUCACAGUAUUUGUGAAUAGUUUAUUAAUGCACGUGCCAUCACCUGUUAAGUAUGUCUCUAUGUCUACAUAUGAGAAGGUUUUUAUUACAGUUUUUAAACAUAAAAUUGUGUUUGCGCUAUGUAUAAGUGUAAUAAACAUUCAACCAACA